AUGUUUGGACGUGUACAGCAGCGUGCGGGCAAAGAUUGGCUGCCCACGCCGGUUCGAGCUCUUGCCCAAGUGCUGAUCCGGCUCAAGGCUGGAGAUCAGGCUGUGGCAGAGACAUUUGGGUCUCUAGCAUGGGCCAAGGGUGCAAGUGACGGUGAAAGGGGGAUAUUGGAUGGCAAUGUGGAAGGAUUCAAGAAACAUGACCAGGUUUGGAAGGACUUCGAGAUUCAGGCUACAGGGGCAGUUGUAUAUGCCGGGCUGGAAAACGAUUUCAGCAUACCUAGGGCGAGGGAAAUCUUGUGCAAGAUCCAAACCAAUGCAUUCAAUCGGCUGGAUCCAGACGCCGGGAUGACAGGUAUCUAUCUCGAUCCUGUCCUCGCCAUGGCCAAUCACUCUUGCAUGCCAAGUGCUUUCGUCAGUUUCGAUCAGCGCAAUGCCGUGUUGCGAGCUUGGCGUGAUAUCAAAGAAGGCGACGAGAUCACUAUCUGCUAUGUUGACGUUACCUUACCCAACAAAGCUGCCCGUCAGGAAGCGCUCAAGUUGUAUCACUUCGAAUGUCGAUGCCCUCGCUGCAAAGAUGAUCUUGACGUUUACCAAGCUUGCCAGAUUGAUCCUGCCCUGCCGCUCAAUUCGCUUAGUAUCCAGCCUGAUCUUGAGAAGCUCCGCAACCCUCCCAUCGAUAGGUCGAAGGUUUCUAAGGAGCAGCUGGAUGCAAUCUACGAGGCCUGGAAGACACUACCGACAACCGAAGGGAGAAGUGAAGCCGAGCACAUGAAGAUAGCUCGUAAGCGUUGGGAGAUUUGCAAACCUUUGGUUGAGGCUAGAAUGUGGGCUAUUGAGCCGCUGACAACAACCAUCAUGCAACUGGCCGUCUGUUGGCAGCUUAGUUUCAAGAUGGUUGUCUACGCACUGCCACUCCUUUGCUUCGUCAGCACGGAGUGCGACCCGUUCAAGGUUGUGACGCCGUUCCUACCAUGGAGGAUCAAAGGCAUCGUGACCAUUGUUCAGAUGCUGGCUCUCACUGCCGAACUGACGGCAAGUGGUGCCUUAGCCAGACGCUGCGAUCAUGAAGGCCUUGUGGGAACACUAGCGACGGCAGACCAAGUAACCAUGUGCGAGGGGCUUUUGCGCUUGGUGAUGAAGCAAGGGGGCGAUAGCAAUACAGGUGGUUGGCAUGUCCUAAAACAGGCAAAGGCGAUGCUGGAGGACAUCGAGAAGUUGCCUGGGAGGGAGACCGAAACAGCAAUGCUAAGAGUAUGGGAAAAGGACCCGGAGGACCCUGAAGCCAGCGCCUUCUUCCACGAUCAAGUAAUCAAACCCAUCACAACGCUCGCAUCGUUGGCUCCAGAGAUCUUGGAGGACAAGCUCGGCAGCAAGAAGUGA